AUGGCGUCCGGACGAAAAGAUUUCUUAAGCCAGCAGGCGCCUGAAAACUAUGUUGCUGGUCUUGGUCGUGGUGCGACCGGUUUCACCACUCGCUCCGAUCUUGGCCCGGCGCGCGAAGGCCCUACACCUGAACAAAUCCAAGCUGCUCUAAACAAGAGGGCACAGCAACUAGGAGCCGCUGCACCCACUGCCUACGGAAACCAGUCACGCGAGAAAGGAGGGAAAGAAGACGAGAAGGAAGAAGACGAUGAGCGCUUCCAGGAUCCUGAGAACGAGGUCGGACUGUUCGCAUACGGACAGUUCGAUCAAGAGGACGAUGAGGCAGAUCGCAUUUACCAAGAGGUAGAUGAGAAGAUGGAUAGGCGUCGGAAAGCUCGCAGGGAAGCCCGAGAAAAACUCGAAGAAGAAGACUACAAUCGCAAAAACCCAAAGAUCCAACAACAAUUCGCCGAUUUGAAACGAACCCUCGCUUCGGUGUCCGAAGAAGAUUGGGCCAACCUCCCCGAGGUUGGUGAUUUGACGGGCAAGAAUCGACGAGAGAAGCAGAACCUCAGACAGCGUUUCUAUGCCGUUCCGGAUAGUGUCAUCGCUGGCGCUCGAGACUCGGCCCAAUACGAUACAUCAGUCGCCGACGAUGGAACGCAACCUGAUGGCGGUGACGGAGAAGCCGAUGGCACCAUGACAAACUUCGCAGACAUUGGUGCGGCGCGCGAUAAAGUGCUGAAGGUCCGACUUGACCAGGCUGCGCUGGGAUCAUCUGCCGAUACAUCAUCAGGAAGUGCUACCAAUAUCGACCCUAAGGGAUACCUAACUAGCUUGACACAGUCCGAAGUCAAAGCCGGUGAAGUUGAGGUCGGUGAUAUCAAGCGAGUUCGAACUUUGUUGGAAUCCGUCACCAAGACCAACCCGAAGCACGCUCCUGGUUGGAUUGCACUCGCCCGCCUUGAGGAGCUCGCUGGCAGGAUCGUGGCCGCCAGAAACCUCAUCGCUAAGGGAUGUGAGCUUUGCCCCAAGAGCGAAGACGCUUGGCUGGAGAAUAUUCGACUCAAUGAAGGCCACAAUGCCAAGGUCAUUGCAGCAAACGCCAUCAAGAACAAUGACCGGUCUACGAGACUUUGGACUGAGGCCAUGAAAUUAGAAACCGACACUCGUGCCAAGAAGAACGUGCUUAGACAGGCCAUUUUGCACAUCCCUCAAUCUGUUCAGAUUUGGAAGGAAGCCGUCAACCUGGAAGAAGAUCCCGCUGAUGCGCGUCUACUCCUGGCCAAGGCUGUUGAGAUGAUCCCUCUAUCAGUCGAGUUGUGGCUUGCCCUUGCUCGCCUGGAGACACCAGAUGCCGCACAGAAGGUCUUGAACGCUGCUCGCAAGGCUGUCCCUACCAGCUAUGAAAUUUGGAUUGCCGCAGCUCGACUCCAGGAACAGAUGGGUACUUUUGCCAAGGUCAAUGUUAUGAAACGUGCUAUCCAGGCUUUGGCUCGCGAAAAUGCUAUGCUGAAGAGAGAAGAAUGGAUCACGGAAGCUGAAAAGUGUGAAGCGGAAGGUGCUGUUCUCACCUGUGGCGGUAUCAUCCAAGAGACGCUCGGGUGGGGACUGGAUGAGGAUGAUGACCGGAAGGAUAUCUGGAUGGAUGAUGCGAAGUCCAGUAUUGCGCGUGGUAGAUAUGAGACUGCUCGGGCCAUCUACGCCUACGCCUUGCGAGUCUUUGUCAACCGCCGAUCAAUCUGGCUGGCAGCAGCAGACUUGGAGCGUAAUCACGGCACCAAAGAAGCGCUCUGGCAGGUCCUCGAGAAAGCCGUCGAGGCUUGCCCUCGGAGCGAAGAGCUCUGGCUCCAGCUCGCCAAGGAAAAGUGGCAGUCCGGCGAGAUCGACGACGCACGCCGAGUCCUUGGACGCGCUUUCAACCAAAACCCCAACAACGAAGACAUCUGGCUGGCUGCUGUCAAGCUCGAGGCCGACGCCCAGCAGACCGACCAGGCUAGAGAGCUUCUUGCCACCGCUCGUCGCGAGGCAGGCACAGAUCGUGUCUGGGUCAAGAGUGUUGCUUUCGAGCGUCAGCUUGGCAACACUGACGAUGCCCUCGACCUGGUCAAUCAAGGUUUGCAGCUAUUCCCAAAGGCCGAUAAGCUCUGGAUGAUCAAGGGCCAGCUAUACGAAGCACAGAACAAGUUCCCACAAGCACGAGAGGCAUAUGGAACAGGUACCCGGGCCUGCUCCAAGUCUGUUGCGCUCUGGCUUCUCGCAUCCCGCUUGGAAGAAAAAGCUGGUGCCGUCGUCCGGGCUCGAUCUGUUCUUGAUCGUGCUCGCCUGGCUGUACCCAAGAGCGCCGAGCUCUGGACUGAGAGUGUGCGCGUUGAACGUCGCGCCAACAACAUUGCCCAGGCUAAGGUCCUCAUGGCGCGUGCCAUCCAAGAAGUCCCCACAUCAGGUCUCUUAUGGAGCGAGAGCAUCUGGCACCUCGAGCCCCGGGCCCAGCGCAAGGCUCGCAGUUUGGAGGCUAUUAAGAAGGUUGAGAACGACCCCAUCUUGUUCAUCACUGUAGCCCGCAUCUUCUGGGGCGAGCGUCGACUGGACAAGGCUAUGACCUGGUUUGAGAAAGCCAUUGUUGCCGAUAGCGAUUACGGUGAUGGCUGGGCUUGGUAUUACAAGUUCCUUAUGCAGCAUGGCACAGAGGAGAAACGAUCAGAUGUCGUCUCCAAGUGCGUGUCGAUGGAACCCAAGCAUGGCGAGAUCUGGCAGUCCAUUGCGAAGGACCCGACUAAUGCUUACAGAUCUACCGAAGAAAUCCUCAAGCUUGUCGCGAAUACCAUCAGUUAG